GUGCGCAUGAAUCGAAAAAGCCGCCGACCUGCCACUACUAAUUCACCAGAAUUCUUUUCCGGUUUAUCGUCGUAGUACACGCACGGUAAAAUGAAAGCCAAGGGUGAACUUAAGGAGUUCGAAGUGAUUGGCCGUAAGUUGCCGACUGAAAAGGAGAAGACUACUCCUUUGUAUAAAAUGAGGAUAUUUGCACCUGAUGCUAUCGUAGCAAAAUCCAGAUUUUGGUAUUUUUUACGACAACUUAAAAAGUUUAAAAAGUCUACUGGAGAGAUUGUUUCAUUAAAAGAGAUACCAGAAAAAACCCCAAUCAAGAUCAAGAAUUUUGGGAUUUGGUUAAGAUACGAUUCCAGAUCUGGUACUCAUAACAUGUACAGAGAGUACAGAGAUCUUUCUGUUAGUGGUGCAGUAACACAAUGUUACAGAGAUAUGGGUGCCCGCCAUCGUGCACGUGCACAUUCAAUUCAGAUUAUUAAAGUAGAAAUUGUGAAGGCAGAAAAUUGUAGAAGACCGCAAGUCAAGCAAUUCCACGACUCAAAGAUUAAGUUCCCAUUACCAAAACGAAUUCACCACAAGAAUCGUAUGCCACUUUUCAGUGUUAGGAAACCACGAACCUAUUUCCUUUAAAUAUCUCCAACUAUUUUGCGACCAUACCAACUGCAUAAUUCUAAGUGAAAUAAAAAAACAUUUUGCUCUGA